AUGGGAUUUCGUUGGAUCUUCUCCGUCAUCAUCAGAUACAGAUUCGUGGAGGAGUUUUUCAGUCGAUUCCCCAAGUACAGAGGCCCUUUCUAUCUGAGCAUUCUGCUCCCACAGAUCGCACAUGCUUUGAAACAAGGUAGCGAGCCCCUGAUAAACCUCAAGGGCAUCAUUUUCCAGAACGCAAUUAUGAAUGCCGAAGCUCAGUAG